AUGGCUCAUAAGAAGGCUGUUGCAGAUGACCUUCUAGCCGACAUCCUUAACACUGUCUCUGCGAUCCAGCACGCCCACUUCGUCACGAUGCAGGCCUUCGAAAUCAAGAAGGAGUUGAACUGCAAGACGAAGGAGGCUGCUGGUUUGCUCAAGACCAUAAAUAAGGCUGAGGCCAAGAUGAAGACUCUAAUAGAUCAGGCUAAGGCAGCAAAACAGGCCCAAGACGAGGCUGAAGAGAAGGCUGGAGCUGCUGAGGCCGUCGCUAAGGCGACCCAGCAUGCCCACUUCGUCGCGAUGCAGGCCUUCGAAAUCAAGAAGGAGUUGAACCGCAAGACGAAGGAGGCUGUUGGUUUGCUCAAGACCAUAAAUAAGGCUGAGGCCAAGAUGAAGACUCUAAUAGAUCAGGCUAAGGCAGCAAAACAGGCCCAAGACGAGGCUGAAGAGAAGGCUGGAGCUGCUGAGGCCGUCGCUAAGGAAGAGGAGGACGAGGUCUCAAAAGAUGCCUCCCCAAAGAAGACAACAUCCGAGGUGUCAAUCACCGAGAAGAGCCUCGAUCAAACUCUACAAGAGAUCGAUGCUGAGCUCAAGGCUGAGAACGUUGCCAAAAAGUCUUUCCAGUUGUCUUCUGGGGCCAAGUCACAGUCCGUCGCCGACGCCGAGUAG